UCUGCUGCAAUGAGAGCAUAGCCCGAUGCUUUGGCGAUUCGCCAAAAGAAGGAUGAAUCCAUACGAUUAACUCACGACUCACGAUGUCAUCAGAUUAAAAUGAUCGUCCCGAAAAGCUUGCCUGUUUACGUUCCCUAGUUAAAACAGCUUUUUUAACGCCCAACGUCCAACGCCAGCUUCCUCCCUCCCCCUCUAUCUUUCUCUCUCUCUCCCCCUUCCUGUGAGAAAGAGCAGAAGGGAGUGGCUUUUGGAGGGGAGAUUGGAGAGGAAGGUCUCAAUGGGGGUUCUCUCGAACAGGAUCAAUCGGGAUUCCCUGAGGCCAGGUGAUCACAUUUAUUCAUGGAGGAAGGCCUACAUUUAUGCCCAUCAUGGUAUCUAUGUCGGUGAGGAUAUGGUAAUCCAUUUCACCAGAGGACAGGGACAAGAGGUGGGCACUGGAACAGUGGUCGAUAUUCUCCUCCAAAGCUCCACUCUGAACCCAAGAAAUGGUCUCUGUCCCAAUUGUACAUAUGAAGACAACAGCCAUGGGGUGGUCUCUUCAUGCCUCGACUGCUUCCUGGCUGGAGGGUCUCUUUACCGGUUUGAAUAUUCAGUAACUCCUGCCUUUUUUCUUGCAAAAGCCCGGGGAGGGACAUGUACCUGUGCAGAUUCUGACCCUUUUGACAUUGUGAUUCACCGUGCAACCCACUUAUUAAACAGUGGAUUUGGAUGCUAUGACAUCUUCAAGAACAAUUGUGAAGAUUUUGCCAUAUACUGCAAAACAGGCCUCAUAACAGUGGAUGACAGAUCUAUUGGACAGAGUGGUCAAGCCAUCUCAUUUCUUGCUGCUGCAUUUUCAUCACCGUGGCGUCUUGCAACAAGGAACGCAUUUACAGUGACAGCAGCAGCCAUUGGGUCAAUUGGAGUCUAUUGUGCAAGUCGAUAUGCAGCUGAUGUUGGCAGGAGAAGGGAUGUCAUGAAAAUAUCAGUAGAGGAUCUAACAGCAAAACUUGCUGCAAGUAGCAUCUAACUGCAUUCAUGUUUUUUUGGAUUUGAUGCUUCCUAUACCUGUGUAUGUCGAGCCAACUUUUUUUAUUCUUUCCUUGCUGGCCUUCUGUGUAUGGCUUUCUACAAGGUAUGAUACAAAAGGUAGAUUUGUUUA